GAAGGGUCCCGUGGUGAGCGCUGCAGAGCCGUGUAGUGUGUGUGUCAGGUUUCAUUCCGAGAGAGACUCAAGCGCGCAGCAGUCAGAGAAACCCGUCAAAUGGCACGACCGAAGCACACGGACUCCCACUAGAGCCGGACCUCACUGAACCAAUAUCUCCAUGCACUUGAAUGAGCAGCAUGCCUCUGUUGAGGUCGCUUUGAAGAUUAAUAUUUUCACGUGAAAAGCCGUUUAACUGCCUGAAAGGAAAACUUUAAUCAGUUUAUUUGAACAAGACCCUGCUCUGCCUUAUAAAGUGGUGGAUAAACAUUACAUUGCCUAUAUAUAUAUAUAAGCUACGUCUCACAGACAUGGAGGACAUGAAAUUGCGAGUAUCACCUCAGUCCAGUCGGGAGAGGACCUGUGUUCAGCAUCCCUGCCAAAAGCGCAUUUUGACGAACUGGAAGGACGUGUGUGCUAUCUGCGUGUGUUUGAUCUCGUUUGGAGUUUGUGUGUUGCUCUACCUGAGGACGUCGGAUCUGCAGUCCAGGGUGCUCAGUUUGGAAAAGGACAGAGAUCCCCGUAUCUCCAGUUGGAUCUCUCUGGAACAGGUGGAGCCCGUCCUGUCGAGUCGACUGGAUCAGAUAUUAGAGGAGAAAUUAGCUGCACGUCUACCGAAGAUCCGGGCGGCUCGGGAUGCGCCUCACAGCUGCCUCUGUCCACCAGGUCCUCCUGUAAGUAGACGUUGUCCCUUUGUUGACUGGAUUGUGGGUCCACCUGGACGAGCAGGCUUUCCGGGAGACAAAGGAUCAAUGGGCAUUCCUGGAAGAAUGGGCUUAAAGGGAAACCUGGGGGAGAAGGGAGCGCCAGGAGAGCCAGGUCUGUCUAUCAUUGGCCCACGAGGACCUCCUGGACAGCCCGGUACUAGAGGAUUUCCAGGCUUUCCGGGCCCCAUCGGCUUGGACGGGAAACCCGGACAGAAUGGUCCAAAAGGUGAUAUGGGUCCUCGUGGUCCCAAAGGAGUACCAGGUGAACCUGGUCCAAAAGGAGAGAAGGGUGUAUGUGGUGACUACACUCACAGGCAGAUGUUGCCCAUCACCGUCCGCAACAUGCCCUCAAUAAGCCCUCUAAUCCUAAAGCGCCUCAAGCAGGGCGAGCCUGGAGCACAAGGACCACCAGGACCUCCUGGCCCCCCAGGGCCUCCGGGGACUCCUGGUCUAACUGGUGCUAGUGGGCCUCCGGGUAAACCUGGAGAACCUGGAAAACCUGGAAAAGACCCAAGGAUGCUACCAGGGCUAAAGGGUGAACCCGGUGUACCUGGACAAAAGGGUGAUCGUGGUGAAGCAGGUCCAAGUGGACCUGAAGGCCCCAAGGGAAUUAAAGGAGACGAGGGACUGAAGGGUGAGCUAGGGAUGCCUGGAAUGCCUGGGAAACAAGGAGUGAAGGGAGAGCCUGGUUUCCCAGGCGCCCCUGGACGAAAGGGUCAGGCAGGUGUUUCUGGUAUCCCGGGAAAACGGGGCUACAAGGGAGAAAAAGGCGAGUCUAGUGCUGCAGGAACUGGCAUUAAAGGAGAACCAGGUGCCCCAGGACAGCCAGGACAAGCUGGACCCAAGGGUGACAAAGGUGAUCAAGGCAUAAAGGGUGAAGCUGGCCAGGAAGGCCCAUCUGGACCAAGGGGACCACCAGGUCCAACCGGGGAGCCAGGAAAAACUUUAAUCAACAACAAUGAAAAUGAUAUUCGCAAUGUGCAUUCAAUGGGCCCUCCUGGUCUACCUGGUCCCCCCGGGCUUCCUGGGACCCCCGGUUUGAAGGGUGAUGUUGGACUUCCAGGUCCACCUGGUCUUGAUGGGGAAAAGGGUCCAAGAGGAAAGCCAGGAGAACAGGGACCCAUCGGCCCUCCUGGACCAGAGGGACCACGGGGAGAAGGAGGUGUCAUGGGCUUCCCUGGUCCAAAAGGAGACAAGGGAGACAUGGGCCCCUCGGGAUCACCUGGUUUAGAUGGCCCUACUGGAGAAAAGGGGGUUUCAGGGCCCCCUGGCCAUAUUGGAUUGCCAGGCCCAAUGGGUCAGAAAGGUGAACCUGGAGAGAAAGGAGAUAAAGCAGAGCUGGUCUAUGGGCCUGCUGGACCUCCAGGACCUGCAGGGCCAGUUGGGCCAGUGGGACCUCCAGGUUUGUCAGGACCAAAGGGAGAGCCAGGAAUAGGCUUGAGAGGAGAGAAGGGAUCACCUGGACAGAAAGGAGAAAAAGGAGACAGGGGCCAUCUUGGACUCCCUGGGGCUCAUGGUUUAGACGGCAGGCCUGGUCCAGUGGGUCUGAUAGGACCAGCAGGAGUGCCUGGGCCUGCAGGACCAAAAGGAGAAAUGGGAGAAAAGGGCGAUAUGGGAGUAGCAGGACCAAUUGGGCCUCAAGGCAUCCCUGGUUUAGUAGGACCACCGGGAUUAAAAGGAAACCGGGGGGAGAGGGGCAAGAAAGGCAACAGGGGGGCCAAAGGGGAUAAGGGAGACCAAGGAGCCCCGGGAUUAGAUGCCCCGUGUCCGUUGGGCGAUGAUGGUCUGCCAGUACCAGGGUGUUGGAAUAAAUGACGUUAAUUCCUGAAUGCCAUGUGUGAUUGUAAAUAGAAUAUUUAUUUUUGUACUUUUUUUGCCAUUGAUCUGUUAUAUGGAUGGAAAAUACAGCAAACCAUAAAAUAUUGGCAGGACUUUUGUACAGAUGUUUAUUUUUAUUACUGGUAAUGUUUUUAUGUAAUGGACUUUAUACUGUACCUAUGCAUUAUGUCAAAAUGUUUUGAUCAAGGAAGAAAUAUACUGUGGCAGCAUAUGCAUGAUAUUUGUGCAUUAUGUUAACUGAUACGUGCCUAUUAACUUAUUGUAUCAUGGUGUUUAAUGUGUUGUGUCGGACCACGCUGCACUGAUUAGUGGGGCUGGAGUUACAAAUUGGCCUUGUGUGUAAGAAGAAACCCUUUGCUCUGAGAAUAACAUGGACAUGUUCACACCACACCUAAUGAUCUUACACUGUAACUGCAUAUGUUUACUGAAAAUUAAAAUGACUUAUUUCAAAGUCCAUUCUACAUGCAGUAUAAUUAUCAAGUCAGUUGUUUCAUAUGAGUUUCAGUGCAUAAAUUAUAAACAUUUGCACUGCAUGAUGUAUUUAGUGAGCAUUUCGAACUGUUUUCUCCAUAUUCACUUGCCAUUUUUGCCAAAUAUAUUAUUGCAAAAACUAAAUUAGUCAACUGCUUUAUGUAAGGAAAAGAAUGACAUCUUCAUGCAGUGCUUUGCCUCCAUGGGCUUUAUGUAAAUAUGCCACAAUCUUGCCCUUUCAGCAGUUAUUUUCUGUUUCUAUUCUUAUCUCUGAUGAUUUAAUAAUAGAGAGAAAUUCAAUUUACAUACUUGGGCAAUGAAUUUAGUGCUUAUUUAAUUUAUCUCAUAUAUUGCUGCUCAGUGUCAAGCACAUCUUUGUGUUUGCUAAUAAGCAUCUACACAACUGUUCAAAAGCUUGGGGUCAAUAAGAUAUAUACUGUAUAUAUUUUUAAAAAAAAAUAGUUCUAUUCAGCGUGGAUGAAUUAAUUUGAGCAAAUGUGACACUAAAGGCUUUUACAUUGUUGCAAAAACACUCUAUUUCAAAUAAAUGUUGUUCUUUGAACUUUUUAUUCAUCAAAGAGUUCUGAAAAAUAUAUAUAAUAGUUGUGUAAAUGUAACUGUUUUCAACACUGAUAAUACGAAAUGUUUCAUGAGCAGCAAAUCCGCAUAUUAGAAUGAUUUCUGAAGGAUCAUGUGACUCUGAAGACUGGAGUAAUGAUGCUGACAAUUCAGCUUUGCAUCACAGGAAUGAAUUACAUUACAGAUAUUUCACAAUAUUACUAUUUUUAGUGUAUUUUUAAUUUAAAAAAUUCAGCCUCGGUGAGCAUAAAAGGAAAAAAACGUAAAAAAUCUUACCGACCCCAAACUUUAAAACAGUAGUGUAUGUCCCGUUUUACCUCAACUAUCAAGUACAAAUGAAGAAUAAAAGUUAGUAUUAUAAACAUGCAAUUUACAUUAUAAUAUGUGUAUUCCCAAGAAAUAUCAGGGUCAUAGAGAAAGGCCCUUAGCUAAAAUGGUUUUGUUUUGUUUGUUUUGUGUUCAUUCAGUGUUGAAGUCAUUAAAUUGUGUAGGAUUGCUGCUGCUUACAUUGACAAGCUAUUCGGGAACCAUUUUGCCAGUUAAUAUUGAGUUAAGCAUGGUUUGUAAUCAUCAGUGUCUAUAAACCCUUUAUCAGUCUGUAAUACCUCAUACUAACAUGUGCCUUAAUGCUUUUACUCUGCCAUAGUAGUUUUGAGACAUAUCAACAAUAAUGUCAAAGAAGCUAUGCUGUCAACAUGAGGAAUAUAAGACAAUAAAUGGCUGUAAAAAAGUUCAGCCAAAACGUU